UUGUAGGCAGUUGCCGCACUACAGGUAGGUUAUCUUAGGUGGGGAAAGUACCUCGGUCUCAUUUUUCAUUUCAGUAUAAGCGUCUGCCAUUGCACCACCUUGAUUGACCAGUACGUUUACUUCUCGCUAUGACCCUGAAACUCCACGAGCUGUCACCCUCUGACCCGGUAGACCAAAACCUGAUCCCAGCUAUUGCAAGGGUACAUCUCACAGCCUGGCUGUCCAACUCGCUAUAUGAAGCGAUUUACUACGGUCCACCAUCGAGCCAUGCCCGGAUCAUCGAAAACAAUCGACGGCGACACUCUAAGACUCUCACAUCAGAACCCAGCAGUCGUUAUGCAGUGGUUUUAGACGAUGGGGCCUGCGGCGAUAAUCCGAAAAGGCACAGUGAGCAGACAGGUCCUGACCCCAACCACCUCAUUGCCUGGGCCAAGUACGACAUCUUCGAGAGGCCAGAGGCAGAGGAAGAACGACAAGACACAGGAGAAAUCAAAUACCCACCUUACACCAACCUACCGCUGGCCAACCACUUCUGGGACUUGAUUGUGCAAUCACGACAGCGUGUUGGAAAGUCGCUCGGGGCCCAUGUUAGUGUCGAUCAGCUCGCGACAGACCCAGAUCACCAUCGACGUGGAGCCGGUCGCAUGUUGAUGGAACAUAUCGUGAAGAAGGCCGACGAACUAGGCUUGCCAGCUACACUCGAAGCUAGCCCGCAGGGUAUGAACCUGUACACUUCGGUGGGUUUCGAGCCGGUUGAUGAAUUCUGGGUCGAUCUGCUUCGCUUUGAAGGUGGCGAAGACAAAGGGGAAGCAUGGUCGAAAGAACAACAUCGAGUGCCUGGCCAAGGACCUGGCUGGUACAAGCAAGUUGCUAUGAUACGACAGCCUCGGAAGACAGAGUGACUGGUCCGAAAAUAUGCACUUGGUGCCUUGUAAGGCCGGUCAUGCUGGUGGUGUCGAGGCAGGAUGAGUCACUUACGAAAUGGAUGUCGACAAAAGGAGGUUUAUCUGUUGUCGAGUCAUGAGCCUAGCCCCCCCAUGGGCCAUUAUUUUCGCUAUAAAAUAGGGAGCAAAUCAUGAUUGACCCCCCGGACUUGGCCGCCAAAAGACUGGAAUCCACUCCCACUGCAACCGGAGACACAGGCUAAGAUAAG